AUGGCCGGAAACUAUAACGAGAAUGUCGAUCGACUUAGGGCGGCUGAGUAUCCGCAUAUGAACAACGGGGUAUAUCUUGACCACAGUGGAGCCACGAUAUAUGCGAAAUCAGCGAUCGAAAGUUUUACCGAGAAGAUGCUGACAGGCUUGUACGGAAAUCCCCACUCGGAAAAUGCUCCCGCGAGGCUCUCUAGCAAUAUCGUUGAAGACGUCCGCGCGAAGACGCUAGAUUUCCUGGGUGCCAAUCCGGAACACUUCGAUCUUGUCUUUGUCGCAAAUGCUACAGCAGCUAUCAAGCUUGUAGGGGAAGCCUUCCGGGACUUGGGAGAGAAGACACGUUCGAAAUCAUUCUGGUACGGAUAUCACAGGGACGCGCAUACCAGCCUCGUUGGAGUUCGUGAGUGGUCGAACAACCAGUCCCACUGCUUCGAGAGUGAUGAAGAGGUCGAAGACUGGCUUCGUCAGCCAGCUACUGCCGAUGUCAAACUGCCAGAUCACCACUCCUUAGGCUUGUUUGCGUACCCGGCCCAAUCGAACUUGACUGGCAGGCGACUGCCCUUGGAAUGGGUAGGGCACGUGCGCCAUGCUGACGAUUUACAGAAUACAUACACGCUGCUGGAUGCUGCAGCGUUGGCUAUGACAUUUCCCAUGUCUCGAGUGUUUUCAGAUCCAGCAUCAUCACCGGACUUCACAUGCCUGUCUUUCUAUAAGAUCUUCGGUUUCCCGGACGUAGGGGCUCUGGUUGUCCGCAGAGAGUCUGGCCAUAUAUUGAGUCUUAGGAGAUAUUUCGGAGGUGGAACGGUCGAGGCUGUCGGUGUGAUCGAGGACGUCUUUCACCGUUCCAAGGGCCAAGAAGGACCUGAUGAUAAUCUGCAUGAAGGGCUGGAGGAUGGGACUCUCCCUUUCCAUAGCAUUCUCGCCCUUGGCGAAGCCAUCGAUUCGCACCAACGACUUUUCAUGUCGAUGGAGGUGGUGUCUGACCAUACACACUAUCUUGUCACCCCGUUGCAGCAAGGGCUCGUGGCGCUGCGGCACUACAAUGAGCGGUCAGUGUGUCGAAUCUACCAUUACAAGCACCAGAAGCAAGACGAUGUCUCCGUCGGGAGCACCUUCAGACAUGGCUCAGCAGUUGCUUUCAAUAUCAUCGGUCAUAAUGGGAAAUAUGUUCCUUUCACGGAAGUUGAAGAAGCAGCGAAUCAAGCCGGAAUAUAUGUCAGGCCAGGAGGAGUGUGCAAUCCCGGAGGAAUUUACGCAGUCCUUGGAUAUGAGUCAUGGAUGCUGCAUCGCGCACUACAAGCAGGCUCCAUGUGUGGCAGAUCAGCCAAAGGUGUCCUCCAUGGGACACCUACCGGGGUGGUUAGAGCAAGUGUAGGUGCUAUGUCCACAAAAGCGGACGUUGACGCCCUCGUUCAAUUUAUCCAGGCCACCUUCAUGAAGGACCAACUCUGA